AUGUCGAAAGAACAACAACGAGCAGUCGACAGCGAGAAAGAUCAAAUUGGUGUGGUGGUAGAUGUGGCACCUGAAGAUGAUCGAGACCUAAAGGGGGACAUCGUGUUAGCAAGUCAUCAUGAAGUGGGAUUGGAUUUGUAUACCCAGAAUGAAGGAUAUGAGUAUACGAUCGAAGAAUCAAAGAGCAUCCUACGAAAGAUCGAUCUUCGUAUCCUACCGAUAUUCUGCCUGACUCAAGGAUUGGCAUUCCUCGAUAAGACAGCUAUCAAUUAUGGAAAUUUGUUCGGUAUGAAAGCUGGAGUGAAUGUUACUUCUUCACAAUUCAGCUGGUUCGCAUCUGCUUUCUACCUCGGUUAUCUCGUUUCAGCUUGGCCGGGGAAUAUCUUACUUCAAAAAUACAAUACUGGGAGAGUCAUGGGUUCAAUCUGUUUCGUCUGGGGUAUCAUCUGUGCUUGCACCGCAGCAUGCCACAAUUUCGCGGGAGUACUGAUCAACCGACUCUUACUUGGAUGUCUCGAGUCGGCCGUUACACCAGGUCUGGGACUGAUGACUCCCCUCUGGUGGAAACUCGAUGAAAUACCUGUAAGGCACUUGACUUGGUAUAGCUUUAAUGGAUGGGCAGGUAUAAUUGGUGGAUUAGUUUCUUAUGGAAUAGGACACGCUACUGGAUCUGGUAUACCCACAUGGGCAUUGAUCUUCGUUGUAUUCGGUUCAUUCACUUCGUUAUGGGGUAUUGUCAUCCUGCUAUUCCUCCCUGACUCACCGGCCUCAGCGAGGUUCUUGAACAAGGAUCAAAAAGUAAUAGCUAUCAAGCGAGUGGCCGAGAAUAGGACUGGAACGAAAAACACUAAAUUCAAAUGGGAACAAGUAGGAGAAGCUCUCAGAGAUCCCAAAACAUACUGUCUUUUCCUCGCUUCCGUAGCUGCACAAAUUCCAAAUGGAGUAGUUACCAAUUUCUCAUCUAUCAUUAUCUCUGGAUUCGGGUUCAAUCAAUUACAAACUACUCUCCUUGAUAUUCCAAGUUCCGUCCUUCAAAUCAUCUCGUUGAUUGCUUCGGGGUAUUUUGCAGGAAAAUUCAAGAAUAGUAGAGCUAUCAUGAUGUUUAUCGGUAAUGCAACAUGUAUCAUCGCAGCAUGUUGUCUGACCUAUGCACCCAAAUCUCAGACUUGGGGUAGAUUAGUGGCAUUUUGGUUCACCGGUUUCGCAAGUGUUGGUUUUUCUUUGGGUAUGGUCAUGAUCACUGCUAACGUCGGUGGAUAUACGAAAAGACAAACUAUGACUGCUAUUAAUUUCGUUGGAUAUUGUAUUGGAAAUAUCGCUGGACCACACGUUGUGAUAGGUGAAGAGAAAGCCUUAGGUUAUCCAACAGCUACCAAGGCUAUGUUAGCUGGAUAUACAGUCAAGACGGUUUUCCACGUCUUCUUGGGUCUCUACAUGUUAUACUGGAAUAGAAGAUGGGAUCAGGAAGCUAAAAAGAGAGGAGAAAAGUUGAGUGAAGUUGAAAGAGCCAAGAAAGCCGAAUUGAUCGGUAUGACCGAUGCGACUGAAUGGAAUAACCCGUAUUUCCGUUAUUGUCUGUAA